AUGGAUUUUUUACUUACUGUAGGUGCUGACAGAGAACCCAGAGAGGAGUCUACUACUGGGGUCCAGUCAGGGGGAAACCCUCAAGGUCCAGCUGAUGAUGCUAACGCUAACACCAAGUCUAGCACUGCCAGCCUCCUACCUCACACUCCCCAAUCCUCCAGGCCCAGCACCAAGCAGCCUGGGGCCGAGAGCACAACCCCCAGCCCUGGAGCCACCACUACCACCACCACCACCACCACCACUACCACCACAACAGCACCAACUACAGGUCAUCUGGCAAUGAAGCCAGACUCCGAAGUACCCAAUGGACCAACAGCCAAAACGAAAACGCACGGCAUAGUUCAGAUCACAUUUCCCAAGGAGACGCCAACCACGAGUAAUGGGAAACAGACUGGGACAGCAGUGAUCUCUUCAUCCAGUCUUACGCCAACCCCUUCUCUACCGAGGCAGACAGAAGUAGUGGCUGCAGUUCCGGAGAGCGAAGAGGAGGAGCAGAAGAGGAGGAACUCCUCCAGGUCUAUGGCUCUCAUCCCUCCUCCUGUGCUCCUCAGCAGCCCCUCUCCUCCUCCUGGAGCAGCGGCAGCCCCCUGCGUGGAGGGAGGCCCCCGGCCUUGUGGAGGAGGGGGAAGAGGAGGAGGAGGACCCUCCAAGAGCCACGAGGUGAUGGACGAGGUGCACGGCCCCAACGCCACCACCCUGCAGUGGGCCGACCUCAGCCGCACGCUCUCCUUCGCCUGGGAGCUCCACGUCUUCGGCUCGGCCUCGCUCUUCCUGCUCCUGGCGGCGGGGGGCGCCCUGGGGCUGCUGCUCUCGCCGGCCACCUGCUGCCCCCUGCGCGGGGCCCUGUUCCUCUCCAACGCCCUCUUGCUGCUGGCCGGCGCGGUGCGGGCCACGCACUUCCUCAUGGACCCCUACGGCUCCCGCGCGCUGCUGCCCAGGGCGGCCGUCACGGCGCUCAUCACCCUGCCCCUGCCCCUCCUGCUCUGGGCCCAGGCGGCUCUGAUGGCCCUGGUGGUGCACGGUGCCGGCCUGGAGCUGGAGCUGGUGCCGCCGGCGCUGCUGCGGCCCCCCCUGCUGGCCGUGCUGGCGAUACUGCAGUGCACCCUGCUGCUGGCGGCGGACAUGCUGUCCCCGGCGCUCUCGCCCGCCGUGCCCAUGGUGCUGCAGAGCCUCACCCUGCUGGCCGGCCUGGCGCUCUGCCUGGGCUUCCUGUGCCUGGCCCUGCCCCGGCUCAUGCGCGCCCAGAGGGCCAAAGCCGCGGGCGGCAGGUGGCUGUGGCGCGCCCUGGGCCGCGUGCUGGCCGUGUGCGCCCUGCUGGGGGCGCUGUGCUGCCUGCUGCACACCCACACCUGCCUGUGGCUGUACGGCAUGCUGGGCGACUGGCGGCUCUUCGGCUGGGGCUGGUGGCUCAACGUCUUCUGGGCGCGGCUGCUGGAGCUGGCCUGGGCCUUCUGUCUUCUUCUGCUGGCCUCUUGGCUCUUCUGGAGGCCCCGGGACGGGUCCGGCGGGGGAGGACUGGCCUCGGGCGCCUCUGGAGGAGGCGUGGGAGGAGUUGGGGGCGCCCGGGCCAGCGUCGGGGAGCUGUCCUCGCCCUGCCAGACCACGGUCAUGCCCCACCCGCACACGUGCUGGGCCAAGAUCGUGCAGAGCCUCACGGGUCGGCCGGCCAGGAAGCCGGAGAACUCCACGGCGUCAGGAGGAGGAGGGGCAUCUGCAGCGACAGCCAAUGGAGCGGGAGUAUCCGGUGGCGGUGGUGGAGGCGGUAAUCUCUCGGCAGCGUCGGGCGGUGAGCUUCCCAACAACUGGGCCGGACAGGAGCGUUCGGGGGCUGACAUCAGCAAGAGCCUGAUCCGCAACCGGGAGCCUAAAGACAGCAACCGCUCCUGGCAGCAGCAGCAGCUGCAACAGCAAGGCUCCACAGGAGCAGCAGUCGGAGGAGCUGGAGGUGGAGGAGGAGGAGGAGGUGCUGGGUCUCUGCUCCGGCUGCAGGCCCUGAACCGCACCCCCGGCGGACGCUCCCUCAGCUCCUCGCUGGACAGUCGCGGCGGAGGAGGCGCCGGCGACAAGGAGUCAGCCUUGUCCCUCUGCGACUUCGACCUGCUGCGCCCGCCCUCGCCCAUCGACCUGAGCCGCAGCAUCGACGACGCGCUGCACCGCGAGCACCUGCUGCAGGGCACGGACAGCCUCUUCUCCCCGCUCCGUCCCCCCUCGCUCUCCCCGUCGCCGUCCCCCACGCCCUCCCCGGGCCCCUGGCUGCGGCGCAACAGCGACCCCCAGCUGACGCUCACCGACAGCAGCGGCACCAUGCUGACCGAGUCCUCGGCGGGCCUGGAGCGCAUCGUCAACAGCUCGGUGCCCAGCAGGCAGGUGACGGCGCCCCCCACCCCCACGCACCAGGGCCCCCGCUGGGUGGCCGAGCCCCAGGUGCCCUUCUCCCUCUCCUGCCCCGUCUCGCUGCGGCCCUCCUGCAACAGCCUGGACAACCUGACGCCGGCGGGAGGCGAGGACACACGGCCCUUCCUCACCCCCGACCUGGACAGGACGGGCUCGGAGCUGGACAGCUCGGGCGCAGCCGCCGGGAGAGGUUACCUGAAGGUCAAGCGGCAGGACGACUCGGCCAGCGUGAGCAGUGACAUCAUUGACUUGUGAAACGACGGAGUCACGUUUGUUCUACUCCGAGACCCAGCAGUGCUUGCAACCAAAGAUGGCGGAUAUGGCAAGAUAUGGCAAGUGGUGGUGGUUCAUGUCUCUCGGGGGCAACGUAUCCCUUAACCCUCCAGGACACUAGUCUGAUGUACUGGCUGAUUUCAUUUCACUUCGUUGGUUGGUGGAGUGAAAUGAAGUUCAGCAGCAGGACUAUAGGGGGCGGCAACUCCGGCUAACAGGAGGUGGCUCGCCAUGAUGAAUCCUGUGCUGUAUGUCCAUCCACCAUCUACCAUCUCUGUUGCAGCCGUGAAGGCCACGAAGGUCUCGUGGAGAAUAAACUGAAGAACUGAACUGCAUGUUGACAGGCGUGAGACUGCAUGACAAUCAUGUGGUACACUACACACAGGUACACACCCUACAUCUGUUGGGGUUGUGAACAUGCUGAAUAGCCAGUUGUCAGAGAGAGUAUCGCAAACUUGUGUGUGUGUGUGUGUG